ACGUGGAUCUGUAUGUCAACUUUGUCGUUUGUGUACCCGGCCGGUCCUGGACGGGGGUUUUAAUGCACAUUCUGCUUGGGAAUUCUAUUCGGAAAUUUCUGGGCGUGACAGGUCAGCCACUCCCAAAAUCUCCAGUGCAUCUUCUUCUUCCCCUCUUCAAAACCCCACCAGUGGUCAGCAAUAUAGGACUUCAUCUUUUCACAAGUCAUGAUCGGGAUACGGAAACAACUCAUGACAAAGUCGGGUAUCGCCUGUGCCACUGAUUUCAGCAUGGUUUCUUUACCCGCCCUUGAGAGAGGCAUGUCUGUCCAACCAUUGACUCUUUUCCAAAUUCUGCCAGGGAGAAAUUGGAAGGAGUUUGAAACUGCCCUGCUGAUUUCAGUAGGCAUUCCAAGGUAGGAAUCUUGUAGGAUUUCCGUUGACACUUGCAACUUUGCCUUUACUUCAUUCCGGAUGUUGCUUGGACAUCUUUUUCCAAAGAAAAUGGAGGAUUUUUGCAUGUUAAUUUUCUGUCCCGAGGCAUCACAAUAGGCUUGCAGUGUGGAUUUGAUAGCCUGGACACUUCUGUGAUCACUUCUAGGAAAGAAAAUGCUGUCAUCUGCGAAGAGCAAGUGGGAGAUUGGAGGUCCUUGCCUGCCAUUCCUAAUCCCAUGUAGAAAUCCUUGUUGUUCCUUCUUCUGCAGCAUGCAAGAGAGCCCCUCAGUACAGAGUAGGAAGAGGUAGGGGCUUAUGGGAUCGCCCUGCCUUAUUCCCCUCGAGGGAACAACAGUGUCGGUGAGCUCACCAUUAAUCCGGAUUGCAUAUCUUGUCGAGGUCACGCAGCGCAUCACCGUAUUGAUCCAGUCCUGUUCAAAACCAAGUCUCAUCAGGCAGCCAUGGAGAUAAGACCACUCAAUCCUAUCAUAAGCCUUCAUCAUGUCGAUCUUUAGAGCAAAGAAAGGCUUCUUGUUGCUUUGUUUCUUAAUGGUGUUUAAACAUUCAUAGGCCACAAGAGAACUGUCAGUGAUAAGUCUCCCCGGCACAAAGGCGCUUUGGAACUCGGAGACAAUAUCAGGAAGGAAGAGUUUGAGACGGUUUGCUAAGACCUUCGAAGCAAUUUUGUAGAGCACAUUGCACAAACUAAUUGGGCGGAAUUUGGAGAGAUGUUCAGGGUUGUGUACCUUGGGAAUUAGGACAAUGACAGAAUCACAAAAACCUUCCGGGAUCUCCUCUCCCAAAAGGAAACCACGCACUGCAUUGCAAAUCUCCCCUUUGAUCAGUCCCCAGUGGGUUCAGAUGUGAAGAGAUCCUCAUAGAACUUUCCGGCCAUCCGGCCCCGGUGCUUUGGUUGGGCCCAUUUGGAACAGCGCAUCUUUGAUCUCAUCAUCAGAGUAUGGUUUGCCCAGUUCCUCAUUGACCAGCACAUCAACUUUGAUUGGGAUUGCCUCUAACACCACAUCAGUUGACACACAAGGUUCAGAUGUGAAGAGAUCCUCAUAGAACUUUCCGGCCAAUUUUUUUAUACCCUCCUGAUCAGUGCAUCUAGUGCCGUCAUCCUUUACCAGCACAGUGAUCUUGUUGGUGCGCCGCCGUGCCGUGGCCCUAGCAUGAAAGAAAGCAGUGUUACGGUCUCCUUCUCGGAGCCAGUCCACUCGUGACCUUUGUCGAGCCAUGAUUUCUUCUCUCUCAAAGAGCUCACACAACUGCCUUUCUACCAUCCUUUCUUCUUGUAUCACACUCUCCUCCAAACCUGAAGACCGGAGUGUUUUUAGCUUCCUCUCCAAUCUCUGUAUUUCUUUGCGGAUCGAGCCAAAAGACACUUUGCUCCAGUCACGAAGAGAUGCAGCCAUCUGUUGCAUAUUUCUCCAGGUGCCCUGCAGAGACUGUGAGCCAUCACUGCCCCGUGCCCAUGCUGAUUCCACCACCUCCCUGUAAUCCCCAGCUCUGAGCCAGGCAGCCUCAAAACGGAAACCUUGUUGCACAGGCGUCCUCCCUGUAAUCCCCAACCCUUCCACACUCUUCACUCCUCUCCCUCCAUAUAAACUCCAAGCUCCCCCCCUCCAUCUCUCCCAAGUCCCAACAAAGAACGCGACGAUCGCGCAAGCACCCACACACGACGAGAGAGAGAGAGAUCAUCACCAUUAUAUCCACCAAGCAAAGUAGUUUUUGUUAUCGAUGGAGUUGUCGGUGGUCGGCGGCGAGCCGUUGCUGGCGGUGGCGAUGCAGCAGCUGCUGGACCUGGACCUCCCCGAUGAGCUGGAGCGGCAGCUCAACCCGCCGACGCGCGCCUACGUGCGCGACCGCCGCGCCAUGGCCAACACCCCCAUGGACGUCAAGGAGCUCCGGGCCUCCGGCGCGCUCGUGCUCGCCGUCGACAUGCCCGGCGUCGCCCCCGCCGACGUCCGGGUCGAGGUCGAGGACGGCAACGUGCUCGCCAUCAGCGGCGAGCGCAGGCGCCCCGCCGGCGACGGCGACGACGGCGGCGAGGGGGUGAAGUACCUGAGGAUGGAGCGGCGGAUGGGCAAGUUCAUGAGGAGGUUCCCGCUGCCGGAGAGCGCCGACCUCGACGGCGUCCGCGCCGAGUACAAGGACGGGGUGCUCACCGUCACCGUCGACAAGAAGCCGCCACCGGAGCCCAAGAAGCCGCGCGUCGUCGAGGUCAAGGUCGCCGGCGCCGGCGAGCCCAAGGGCAAGGGCAAGUAGGCGAACCGUGCGUCGCUGCCAUCAUCAUGAUGGUCCUGGAAUGUUUGUGUUCUUCUUUUGAGCUAGUUAGUGAUCGUCUGAUCAAGUAAUCAGUGAAUAAGUGUGUGGUAUUAGUUAUCUGCUUAUGUAUUUUGUGUGGCUUGGUAGCCGUGAAAUGGAAUGAAAUUUGCCCUUAAA